GUUACUUAACCAUCAAAACUACAAGAUCAUAAACUGAACCCAUUCUUGUAGCUUUGUUGAAUUUAACUUAUCAAACAUGCCUAACGUCGACCUUGCUCUAGCUGGGAAGAACUUGUUGAAGAGCUCUGAUACUGGAGAUAGUGUAGAGCUCCAGUCUUUAUGGCAGGACCAGCCGGUGGUGUUGUUCUUCCUGCGUAGGUUUGGCUGUCAGGUGUGUCGAUGGAUGGCAUCAGAGGUCAGCAAACUAGAGCCAGACCUGAAAGCAAGUGGUGUAGCGUUGGUGGGAGUUGGACCAGAGGAGAUUGGGCUGAAGGAGUUCCAAGAAGCAGGGUUUUUUAAAGGAUCCCUUUAUGUUGACCAACAAAAGAAAAGCUACAAGGAUCUCGGCUUCAAAAGGUACUCAGCCUUAACUGUUGUUCCUGCUGCAUUGGGGAAGAAAGUACGAGAUGUAGCCGCAAAGGCCAACGCUGAAGGCAUCCAGGGAAACUUCUCAGGAGAUCUGCUCCAGAGUGGAGGCAUGCUCAUUGUAGCCAAAGGUGGAGAAAAGGUCCUACUACACUUCAUCCAGGAUUCACCAGGAGACCAUGCACCUUUGGAAGACAUUUCUAAUGCUUUGGGCAUCUCAACAAAAGUACAAGCUGGACAGAGGCCAGUGUGCAAUGAUGAAGUUUGUACACGAUGAUGACAGCGCUGCCCACGGUACCUGAUGGACAUCUACACUUCGAGAAGUUAAAACAGACUUUAAGAUGCAGAUUAUCAUUAAAAUGUUGUACUAAACAUAAAACUACUGACAAUGUACUGAAUUGAUUGUGAGAUCUUUAUGAAGGUGUUUAAUAUGUAUUGUGAAAGAGCACUGUACAUGCAGUUAAGCUUUAAUCUGUAUCUGAAAAAAAGAGCAUUUCACUUUUCAUUUUUAUGAAUGUUUAAAUUCAAUAAUUGUUGUUAAUUUUGAAUUUAACUCACAGUGCCUUACACUUACAUGUUGUUCACAAUGAUUGUUUUGUUUUAAAUUGAGGGAUAUAUGUAGAACCAUUUCUAACAUGCUCUGUUUAUGAAAUAUAUUGAUUUUUUUUUGUAUUUAUCAAAUUGUAAUAAAUCUUUUAAUUGCAGACAUGAGCAAAGUUUUAAAUUGGUUGUUGAGGUGUUAAACAUUUUUUACAUGACAAACAGGCAUCCUGCCUAUACGCAAGAUACAUU